AUGUGGUGUUUUUGUCGACUGGUAUACAUGCCGAUGUCUUACUUAUACGGAAAGAGGUUUGUUGGUCAAAUCAGUCCUUUGGUUUUACAAUUACGAGAAGAAUUAUACACACAAUCCUAUGAUCAAAUCACCUGGUUUAGUAUAAGACAUUUGUGUGCAAAGGAGGACCUAUACUAUCCUCAUUCUUUACUACAAGAUCUAAUAUGGGACAGUCUUUACAUUUUCACUGAGCCAAUCCUAACUCGUUGGCCUCUUCACAAGUUACGGGAGAAAGCACUCAAAACAACCAUGGAUCAUAUCCAUUAUGAAGAUGAGAAUAGUCGAUAUAUCACAAUUGGUGCUGUGGAGAAGGCCUUGUGUAUGCUUGCAUGCUGGGUUGAGGAUCCAAACGGGGACUACUUUAAAAAGCACCUUGCCAGAAUCCCAGAUUUUUUAUGGGUUACUGAGGAUGGGAUGAAAAUGCAGAGUUUUGGCAGUCAACAAUGGGAUGCAAGUCUUGCCAUUCAAGCUUUGCUAGCUACAGAUUUGACCCACGAGAUUGGCCCUACCUUGAAGAAGGGACACAAUUUUAUUAAAUCCUCCCAGGUUAAGGACAAUCCUUCUCAUGACUUUAAAAGCAUGUAUCGCCAUAUUUCUAGAGGGUCGUGGACCUUUUCUGAUCAAGAUCAUGGAUGGCAAGUUGUAGAUUGUACUUCUGAAGGGUUGAAGUGUUGCCUUCUAUUGUCAAUUAUGCCCCUUGAAAUUGUCGGCAAAGAGAUGGAGCCUCAGCAACUUAGUGAGGCUGUAAACGUAAUACUUUCCUUAAAGAGCAAAAACGGUGGGCUAUCAGGAUGGGAACCAGCAGGAUCAUCAAAAUGGUUGGAGAUUCUCAAUCCUACAGAAUUCUUUGAGGACGUUGUCAUUGAGCAUGAGUAUGUAGAAUGCACAUCAUCAGCAAUGCAGACCCUCGUUUUAUUUAGGAAGUUGUAUCCCGAAUAUAGGAGGGAAGAAAUAGAUAGUUUUUUUACAGAUGCAUGUGGAUACCUAGAGAAAAUGCAAAUGCCAGAUGGUUCAUGGUAUGGAGAGUGGGGUGUGUGUUUCAUAUACAGUACCUGGUGGGCUCUUGGAGGACUGGCAGCAAUUGGGAAGACACAUGAAAAUUGUCACUCAAUCCGCAAAGCUGUCAAUUUUCUGUUGAAAACACAGAGAGAGGAUGGUGGUUGGGGAGAAAGUUACAGAUCUUGCUCUGAAAAGACAUAUGUAGGUCUAGAAGGAGGAAGGUCCAAUUUGGUACAAACUGCAUGGGCUAUGAUGGGACUGAUUCAUUCUAGGCAGGAAGAGAGAGAUCCAACACCUUUACACAGAGCAGCCAAGUUGUUGAUUAAUUCCCAGAUGGAAAAUGGUGAUUUUCCACAACAGGAAUCAACCGGAGCUUUCAAGAAAACAUGUACCUUGCACUAUGCACUUUACAGGGAUAUUUUCCCAAUAUGGGCUUUAGCUACUUAUCGUAAGCAAGUGCUCCCACAACCCACGAGCAUCUAG